AUGACGCUGGACGUAACAACUUUCAUUGACGCGAAGGGGGGCAAUGCGGAGGAGAUCCGCGUGAGCCAGAAGAAGCGGUAUGCCUCGGUCGAGUUGGUCGACGAGAUUAUCCAAAUGUACCAGGAUUGGGUGAAGAUGGACUAUGAGACCAACCAAAUGUCCAAGGCGACGAACGCUAUUCAGAAGGAGAUUACUGCGAAGCGAAAAGCCAAAGAGAAUGCUGAUGAGCUCAUUGCGGAUAAGGCGAAACUCGAUGCGGAGAUCGCUGGGAACAAGAAGAAGGUAGCGGAGGCUGAGGUAGCAAUGCGUGCCAAGGCCGCAACAGUCGGGAACUUGGUAUACAAGGACGUUCCUGUCAGCGACGAUGAGGACAACAACGGGAUUGUGCGGACAUGGCACCCAGACGGACCGAAUGGACAAGUCCAAAAGAAGGACAACGAAAUCCUGCCUCAUCACGAGGUCAUGCAUUGCAUCGAUGCUGUCGACUUGGAGCGCGGAACGAAGAUUAUGGGACACCGCGGAUAUUUCCUUAUCAACGAUGGGUUGGACCUCAAUCAAGCGCUCAUCUCCUACGGCCUUGACUUCCUUCGGAAGCGCAACUACAGGAGAAUCCAAACACCGUUUAUGAUGAAGAAGGAUAUGAUGAGCAAGACCGCCCAGCUGUCGCAGUUUGACGAGGAGUUGUACAAGGUUACGGGCGACGAGGACGACAAGUACCUGAUCGCGACCAGCGAGCAGCCGAUCUCGGCCCUGCACUCGGAUGAGUGGUUUGACCAGCCGCAAACGCAGCUUCCUAUUCGCUAUGCCGGUUACUCGACGUGUUUCCGCAAAGAGGCCGGUUCGCAUGGGAAGGACACCUGGGGAAUUUUCCGUGUGCAUCAGUUCGAGAAACUCGAACAGUUCUGCAUCACCGCACCCGAAAAAUCGUGGGAGAUGUUCAACGACAUGGUCGCCACCAGUGAAGCAUUCUACCAGAGCCUUGGUCUUCCUUAUCGUCUGGUCGCUAUCGUUUCAGGCGCACUGAAUAACGCCGCGGCGAUGAAGUAUGAUCUGGAGGCGUGGUUCCCGUACCAAGGGGCGUAUAAGGAGCUUGUGUCAACGUCAAACUGCACGGAUUACCAGAGCCGGAGGCUUGAGAUCCGUUACGGCCUGAAACAGAAGGGUGACAGCAAGAAGGUGUAUGUGCACAUGCUGAAUGGUACGCUCUGCGCUACGGAGCGGGCGAUGUGCUGCCUUGUGGAGAACUACCAAGACGAGAACGGCAUGCGCAUUCCCGAGGUACUUCAGCCGUACAUGCAGGGCCGCACGCACAUUCCCUGGGUUAAGACGCAGCCCAAGGGAUCGACGACGGUCAAGAAGAUCCAGCUUGCUGAACCGGCUGCUGUGGAGGCGCCCAAGUUGUAG